AUGGCGGACCCGCUGAAGAAGUACGGCGGCAUCUUGGCGGCGUGCUUUUUGCUGCUUGCCUGCACCGCCUGGAUAUCCUCUCGAUUCAACAAUAGCGCCGCUUUCGAACGGCCAAUCCACUUCUCCAUCCUGACGCUGUUCGAAUCCGGUCUCGUCAUCGCGUUAGGUUGCAGGAAGCUUUCGUCAAGGAAUGACUCAGCCAGCAGUCAGGGAUAUCAACUCGCAAUACCGUCAAGCUUGAAACAUGACUGGAAACAGCACCUCCAAGCGGGCAUCGACGCCGUACGAAACUGCUGCUUCUUGUCCUCACCUUCUUUCAUCCUCGGAGGUCUCAUCGUGCUGCGCUCGCUGCUAUUCUGGCGCACGAUUCGUACGAUUCACUGCUCGUGGGAGAGCUUUGAGACCUUCGUACCGGCUCUAGUCGCCCUGUUCACGACAGCGUCACCCACCGCCAUCCAACUACAACAGCACCCCGGAUUGGAAAACCGGCCGCGGCGCUGCUUCAACGUAGGCUCUGUUCGUUACGUUAUUGUCGCCAUCGUCUGGGCAUGCUCCGCAAGAAUUACCCUUGCCCUCUCCGCACAGUCUGCCGGAGCCAUCUGCCCAGCGGGCUUCUUCCGAUGGGAAAGACAGAUCCCGCUCGCACAAGUGCUGGCCGUUGUUCUGGACGCGGUGUUGUUGACUUGCCUGUCGAGAUGGCGUCAAGACGCCGUAGACGAUGCGCCGCAGGCUUGGGCCUUCGCAUCGCGGGUCUUCCUGAGAUCUGCCGGCGUUUUGGCUGUGCUUGCGACUUUCUCGUUCUACAACCUCCGGAACAUACGGUGGGCCUUCGACCUGCAUUACGUCGGUGUUAGAGACCUCCUGGUCGACAGCACCGUCGCUUCGGUCGCCCUCACUUCCGCCUUCUACGUCGCGAGCGACAUCCACCCCGGCACGCUGGCGGUGAUCGUCACGGCGUUCGGGGUGUACGCCCAUCACCUGAUCCGCAUGUUGCAGACCUCGUCACCUGUGGAUGAUUCCCUGGUUUACAUGGUCUCCGGCGGUCUCACAAUAGCUGGCGUAGGUCUACUCCUGCGCUACGAGAAAGAUAUCACCAGCACAUCCAGCGCAAUAUCAGGGGACCCACGCCUGAUGCGAUUCCUCACGGGAUGGUACGUGAUCUUUGUCGGCUUUCUAUGCGCGACCUACCUGAUCUUAUACCCGGACUUUGCCUCCUCCGACACCCUCUCCUUCCCUGACCUACUCUCCGCCGCCAACGCCGAAUCCGACGCCUGGAUUGCAAGAGCGAACCAGAGCAGGACGCUUGAGGGCGCCGUCAACGAGUACCCCAACGGCUCGCCCGUUAUUGACGACUUUACGCAGAUCAACGAUGACUUGCUACCCUUCUGGGGUGUCGCGCCGGAUGUGCUGCGGCAGCGGACGAGGCAUAUCAUCGGGGUGCCGUGGCUCGGCAUGGGAGGAAUCCGGAUUCGUGGGGGCAAGGUCGAAGUUGCGCCGGGCACUCCCGGAUCGCACAUGUGGAUGAUGCGCUCGAUGCAGGACAUGAUUGAGGAGUUUGCAGAGCAUUUGCCCGAUAUGGACUUCGCCAUCAACCUGAACGACGAGCCUCGCGUGUCCAUCUCGUUCGAGGACAUGCAACAGCUGCAGACCACAGCGGCGAAGUCACAAACGCGGCUACUGAACAGCAACGAUCUCAAGACCUUUGACAGCUCCAAGCCGCCGGCAUGGAGCGACGGCGACGUCCUUCAGUCGCCACACGAGCGGUCGCCGUACUUCACAGAUCGCGUCCGAGACCAGAUCUACUACGACUUCAUCGCGCCGUCCUGCCCGCCCGAAUCCCCUGCCCGUAACACGCGGUGGUGGAGCCGUAGAGAGGCCUGCCGCGACUGUGUCCUCCCGCACGCCGUCCGCUUGUUCGAGGGUCUCGAGAACCCCGUCGUCUCCAACUGGACCGCGGCCACCGACCUCUGCCACCAGCCGGACCUUGCUUAUCUUCACGGGUUCCUGGCAUCCCCCGCGCCGGCCAUCUUCACGAAGGCUCCGUUCCCCGUGUUCAGCCAAAGCAGGACGUCAGGGUUCGCGGACAUUCUCGUGCCGUCGCCGUGGAACUACGACGACAAGACGACGUACGACGAGGGCGAGGACGUCGAGUGGGAGCGGAAGAAGAACACCAUGUUCUGGAGGGGCUCGUCAUCAGACGGGUACGCAGCGCGGGGGUCGUGGCAGGGCUUCCUGAGAGCGCGCUUCGUCUGGGCCGCGAACGCGAUCCGGACGAAGAGCGCCCCCGCCGCCCGGCCGGACGCGGACGGGCCGCCGGGUCCCGCAACCCCGGGUGAUGGCAAGCCAGACUUCGACGUCGGUUUCGUGGGCGGCUUCUCGAAAUGCCACACGGACGACUGCCAAAGCCAGCGAGACACGUUCUGGGGCGGGGACUCGUCAUCCAAGUCCAAGGUCGCCUUCGGCGAGCACUGGCAGUACGCUCACCUGAUGGACCUCGACGGUGCCGGCUUCAGCGGGCGCUUUAUCCCCUUUCUGCGGAGCCGCAGCCUCGUCUACCGCGCCGGGCUGUUCCGGACGUGGUUCGGGGAGCGUGUGCACGCGUGGCGGCACUAUGUCCCCGUCGACGCGCGAUUGCACGAGCUCGGGGGCCUUCUGCGGUACUUCGGGGCCCGGGACGACGAGGAGGGCGGGCGGAGGGCGCGGGAGAUCGCCGAGGAAGGGAGGGCGUGGGCGGCGAGGGCACUGCGGAGGGAGGAUAUGAGGGUGUACAUGUUCCGGUUGCUGCUGGAAUGGGGUAGGGUCUUGGAUGAUGCGAGGGAGGGGCUUGGAUUCGCGGUGGUGGCUUGA